CUAAUCUUUAUCUUUUAGGACGAAAUAACUCCACAUCGUCUUUCGUCCUCAAGUUUCCUUUUAUCUUCAAACGAAAAAAACAUGUCGGUGUUGGGGCAAGGCAAACAUGGAGGCUCCGCCGCCAAUGACGACGGCAGGAGCAUCGUUGCUAGACUCUCCGGAAUGAGCGACGCCACGAAGAGAGUGGCGAAGGAGGCCGGCUACGUGUCGAAGAAGCUGUUGAGGAGCACGGGAAAAGCGGCGUGGUUGGCGGGGACAACGUUCCUUAUCCUGGUGGUGCCACUUAUCAUCGAGAUGGACCGCGAACAGCAAUUCAAUGAGCUUGAGUUGCAACACCAAAGCCUCCUUGGCUCACGCGCUGCUCCCCUCCCCCCACCUCCCAAGUAAAACAACAACUACGGUUUAGUUUGUGGGAUAUUUGAAAAUUUUCAGCGCUGGUCUUUUAUUGGUUAUGUUAAUGUAGUAUGGAUUCCUUUUUGUCAGGUUAGAUUAUGAAAUAUUAUUGUUUUAAAA